UGAAGCUGCUCUCUGAUGCACUGAAGAGUUCGAACUGUCAGCUGCAGACACUGAGGUUGUCUGGCUGUAUGGUGACGGAGGAAGGCUGUGGUUAUUUGUCUUCAGCUCUGAGUUCAAACCCCUCACACCUGAGAGAGCUGGAUCUGAGCUACAAUCACCCAGGACAAUCAGGAGACCAGUUGCUCAAACACAAACUGGAGGAUCCAAACUAUAAACUGCAGAUACUCAAUGUGGAUCAUGGAGGAGAGAUCAUGAUGACAGCAGGACUGCUAAAGUAUGCCUGUGAUCUCACACUGGAUCUAAACACAGCAAACUCUUAUAUCAGUCUGUCUGAGGAGAACAGGAAGGCUAUAUUUGUGAAAGAUCAUCAGUCGUAUCUUGAUCAUCCAGAGAGAUUUGAUACAUGGUGUCAGGUUCUGUGUGUUGAGAGUCUGACUGGACGCUGUUACUGGGAGGCUGAAUGGAGUGGAUAUAAUGCUGAAAUAGCAGUGUCAUAUAAAGGAAUCAGCAGGAAAGGAGGAAGCUGCUGUUCGUUUGGAUACAAUGACAAAUCCUGGAGUCUGAUCUGCUCUGAUAAAAGAUUCUCUGUCUGGCACAAUAAAAAGCGUACCGUCAUAUCUGCCCCCUUACUGCUGUCUAAUAGAGUAGGAGUGUAUGUGGAUGUGUCGGCUGGCACUCUGUCCUUCUACAUGUCUCUGUGCCAGAUUACACAGAUCUGUGCACGGCCAUGA